CCGGGUCAGAGGGUUUCCUGUCAUUGGAGCCAGCACUGAAUUCUACAUUUUCGCUCCAGCAUUCAGCCUCUCGUCGGUCAUGAUCAGUUCAGUGUUGGUGCGCAGGUUUACGUCAAACAUCCUGUCCUGUUCCAGAGGAUCAUGUCUACUUCCAGGUCGGAUAACUGGUGGAGUGCAGCCUUGGGCACCAGGUCACACACUCAUCCAGCAGAGCUUCCGGGGCCCUGUUAUAUCUAAUAUCACAGCCCUGGGAAGGUACUCUGACUUUUCCACACACAAGUACACUAUGAUUUACACCCUGCCACACAUGAAGCUCCUCGUAGCGGUGUCCAGACUGAAACUGUUCCAAACGGCAUUCACCGUGGUCAUCUUGCCCCCGGUGUUCAUCUUCUACCUCCAGGGAGUUGUCCCCUUCUUUCUGGUCAGCUACACAACGGGUGUAGCGCUGUUUGCUGGUGCCAUGCUGUACACCGCCAGUCACUUCUUCCAGAGGGUGGUGGGGAUGAUGUACCUGGACUCGUCCCAGACCACUCUCAAAGUGUCCCACCUCAGCUUCUGGGGCAGGCGCUGCGAUAUCUAUCUGCCAGUGUCAGAUGUUAUGACCAUCGCGGAUACGGGCGAUUACUUAAACGAGUCAAUAUUGAAACUUAAGAGAUUCAGCAGUCCACAGACGAUGUAUUUCUCCACUCAAUUUGGACGUGUGGUGGACCAACAGGGCUUUAAGAAGGUGUUUGGAACUUAAAAAAUUGUAUGUAUUUGGACGGUAUUAGUCAACAUUGAAUUAUCCUAAUUAUGUGCAAAUUGCAGUGCAACUUGUAUUAAUGAGAAGGAUCUGUUCUCAGUGAAAAAAGAUUAUAUAGUGGAAGACUAUGUACUGAGAUGUGUUCUAAUGAGUAAUUAAUUAUUUAAUGAAGCUUGUGGUUGGAAAUAUUCAAUAAUUGACCAGUGGGCAUUGUGUCAGGACGUCUCAGAUUACGUUGGUCUGUAACCAGAGUCUUAAUGUUCAAAGGAGAAAACACAUGUAAUAAAGUAUUGUUUGAAGUGA